AUGGAAAUGUGUGAGCAAAAUCUUCUCAAUUCUGGCUAUGUUGGUUCUCUGAAUUUCCCUAUUCCGGAGUCGUUAUAUUUUUCCGACUUGCGGAGCAAUGGAGCUCAUCUCCCCCGGCUGCAUCAGAUUUCCUACAACAGACGAGAGGUGUGCUCGCUCCCGUGGACUUCCCCAAAUUCGUGCACAUCUCCGCCUCAGAACCGCGCCUUUAGUGGCUACUCUCCGCCGUUUCCACACAAUUCAGUGCCUGUAAAUACUCAUCCCAACGACCACAACAAGGGACCAUUUAACGAGUCCAGUAAAUACCACUUUCAGGAUGUAAACCACAAACCAGAAGAACAUGCUAGACACUCGCAGACCUUUUAUGGUGAACAUGGAGUUAUCAGUUCCGAUAGCUCGAAAUAUGCAUUAUCGAACUUGGACAGACGGUCACAUGAUUCCGGUGCACAACACGAACUGAAUUACACCAACCAGGCAAUUGCCUCCGGCAUCAAGCAGUCGGCCAAUUCAAUUGCCCGAAUUCAACCAUCUGCAAGUAAUGCAUGUGCCAGAACUGAUUUUUCUGAUGGCGCACCCUGGUGCUCUUCACAAGCGAAACUGAGAAAGAAGAGAAAACCAUACACAAAGCCACAGCUUGCUGAACUUGAGAACGAAUUCAUGAUGAACGAAUUCGUAAACAGGCAAAGACGGAAGGAACUAUCUGACAGACUGGAGUUGAGUGAACAACAAGUCAAAAUAUGGUUUCAGAACCGCAGAAUGAAAAAGAAGAGACUAGUGAUGCGCGGGCAUGCGUUCUCCAUGAACUGAGAGCCUUGGGCCCUGAAAGUGACCUCGUGCGGAUUCUGUUCAGACAAGCGCAACCACUUCAAACCUCAAACUCUAUUUAUUUUCAGAAAGGCUUGUGUUUUGUAAAGCAUGCGAUUUAGGUUAAUUGGAUAAAUCUAAUUAUUUUGUUCAAUGACCACACUUCGUAUUUCUGAGCGUAUAACUCAGUAAUAAGGUACGCUCUUAGAAAAAAAAGUUUAUUGUGUUUUUAUAUAGAACUUUUAAUAUAGCUAUGCAAUAGUUUAUUUUUGUAUUUCUGCAGUAUCAAAAUGAAUGUUAUUUAUAAUUUAAUCUCUGUAGCCUACAUGUAUAAAUUAUGUAGGAUAUGUCGUAUUGUAUUGACGAAAAAAAUUGAUUAUAUGGUUAGAAAUGGAUAUUGCACAUAUCUGAUUGGACGGGUCGGUCCUACCUGAAAUCAAACUGGGCUACAGGAAUUGCUCGUCCAAGCUCAAGUUCGUAUUUGUCGGUGGUUUAAUGAACCAUGAAAAAUAGUUUUUUAUUAUUAUUUAUUUU